AUGGCUCCCCUUUACAAAACCGCUGCAGUCGUGUGCCUCGUCGCACUUUGCGGGCUUCAAGCAGAGGCGAGCACUCCAACAUACAAAUUUACGGUCGAAGAUGUGCAGGAAGACGCCUACUUGGCUGCCAAUUUGGCCCGUAAUGGAAAACUCCCAGUUCACAUCAGUGAAGUCACAAAGGACGACAACCUUGUUUCUACCUUGGAGGCAAAAGUGUCAAGCGAAGAACCGCCCACUGCGGCGAAUUGCACUGCAUUGAUAACCGCCCAACUGAAGGAGCGCUUCCAUUACUCUUUCGAGCACGAACCCGCCUCUCAAGCCAGUCCCGACUACCGUCAGUUACUGCAGGAUGCUCUCGACGAGGGAUUGAAGACCUUCAAUGAGGAGUAUUUCAACGGACUUAUAGAACGAACCACUCAAUUAAAAGAUAUGACAAAAGACGACCUGAAGAAUUCGGUUGGAAACGGCCCUGUAGCAACGGCCUCUACGAUUCUAAUAGCCGGUUUGGUUGCUAUGCUGACAGCCGUCUCUGCCUAG